AUGGACUCGCUCCGAACGACCCUGCAGCCCAUUCUGCAGCCUGUGACACACAAACUGCCCCAACCAAUUCGCGACCUGGGCGUCUCCAUCCUCGGCGAACAAUGCUACUCCUCGCUCGUCCUCGACAUCGACGUUGCCGACCUCGAGUGCCUGAAAUUCGCCGUCUCUAAAGCGCUCGGCAUCGGCAUCGUGGCCGCCUCCUCCAUCGUCAAGGUCCCACAGAUCCUCAACCUCGUGCGCAGCAAGUCCGCAUCCGGCGUGUCCUUCCUCAGCUACCUCCUCGAGACGACGAGCUACCUCAUUUCGCUGGCCUACAAUGUCCGCAACGGUUUCCCCUUCUCCACGUACGGAGAGACGGCGCUUAUCCUGGGCCAAAACGUGGUCAUCACCGUGCUCGUGCUGAACUACAGCGGCAAGCCAUCCCUGGCGGCGCUGUUCGUGGCGGUGCUGGCGGCGAGCGUCGCGACACUGUUCAGCGAGGCGCUUGUGGGCAUGGAUGUGUUGGGAUAUCUGCAGGCGGGCGCGGGCACGCUGGGUGUGGCCAGCAAGGUGCCCCAGAUCCUGGCCAUCUACCAGGAGGGCGGCACGGGACAGUUGAGCGCGUUCACGGUCUUCAACUACCUGCUCGGCUCAGCCGUCCGCAUCUUCACAACCUUCCAGGAGGUCGACGACAAGCUGAUUCUGUACGGCUUCGUCGCGGGCUUCGUGCUCAAUUGCGUGCUCGCCGCGCAGAUGGUAUACUAUUGGAAUGCGCCCUCCGCCAAGGCCCUGGGCAAGCGCAAGGAGGUGAUCGCCCUGCAACCUGCAUCUGCAACUUCCUCUUCUCCGUCCGCCUCGGAUGCCGGCGCAUCGAGUGCUGUGCCCAAGAAGGCUCCGACGACGCGCAGACGGGGCUAGAAAAGGUACCUGGUUGAGAGCUUUGUACCAUGUGUUUGUAGGACUGGGAUCUGCCAUGGGGGUCAUGUUCUUGUCCCAGGUGGAAGGAUGAAUGUGCAGAUGUACAUACGUAGAAAGUGUGUUACAUUUAGCAUUCAGGCCAGUACUGGCCAAGCCUCUCGGUAUCUUAGAUCCUACAAAUCGAGCAAAAUGUGAGAGUGUCACCUACUCUACUGCAGGCUUUCAAAGUCAUGCGUCCAAUGGUUGUGAAUGGCGUUUUAGGUGUAAUAGCAGGUAGGCGGUGGGUGAUAUAUGGCUUUCAGCACCCUGAAGCAUGGUACGUAAUAGACACUCCAUAUGA